UGGUGGGCAUGCAAGCUCGUCUACAAAUACAAAUCUAGGGCUAUCAAGAAGAAGAAGCGGCGCCGCCAGGAUCCGCCAGUAGGGAGCGCUCGAUCGAUGGAUUGGCGCGGCGUGUAGCUCAUUCAUUCAUUCUCCGCGAUCCACGGGACAGUAAGUAAAUGGCGGGAUCGUCGGCGACGAGGCUCAUCCUGACCAGUGGCGGCAUCGUUCCAGCUCCAGAAUCGCCUCCACCGACCUCGCUGGAUUUGCUAGAGGUGAGGCGGCAGUCCGGGGAGGGCUCUAGAUGCCGGUUUGGCUGUGCGCUCGGGAAGAACUUGCUGGGGCACGCCUUUGAGGACCGGCACUACGCCAGGAUCGUCGAGCACAAGGGGAAGGAGAUUGCGAUGUUUGGGGUGUAUGACGGGCACAAAGGGGGCGAGGUAGCGGACUUCCUCCAGCAGUAUCUCUUCGACGCCAUCUUGAGUCAUCCACGCUUCGAUGUGAAUCCAAAGGAGGCGAUCCGAGAGGCAUACUUGGCAUUGGACAAGAGGAUUUUAGAUCUGGGAAGCGUGAGGAGAUCCGGCUCCACGGCCACGACUUGCCUUCUCUUUGAUGGAUCCAAGCUCAUUGUCGCAAACGUCGGGGAUUCGCGGGCGGUGCUGUGCCGCGGUGGCGAGGCCGUGGUCGUCUCCGUGGAUCACGAACCACAGAAGCCGGAAGAACGUGAGAUGGUGGAAUCCAAAGGUGGAGAAGUGAGCUUAACACUCGGUGGAAUCUAUCGCGUCGACCGACGGCUGGCCAUGUCGAGAGCUUUCGGGGACUACGAUCUCAAAGAGCACAUCACGGUAGAGCCGGACAUAUGGGAAGGCGAGCUCUCCUCGGACGAUUUCUUCAUCGUCGCUAGCGAUGGGCUGUGGCACAAGGUGACGAGCGAGGAGGCCGUGAGCGUGGUCCUGGAGGAAGACGAGGCCGUGGUCGCCGCGGAGGAGCUCGUCGAGCUUGCCAAAGUGAAGAGGGAGACCGAUGAUAUAACCAUCGUCGUUGUCACGUUGAAGUGAGCGAGCUAACUAAUUUUCAGUUCUAUCGUC